UAGCUGGGGCCGCACACACGCUCGCGCGCACGAGCACAGAGGGCUACUGCGCCUUUAAGACCCGCAAACCUAACAACCAAAAGCAGUCUCGCUGUCAAUGUGCUAGCGAUGAAUUUACCCGAUAUGGUUUUGUUGAAACUUGUGCUGUUCUUAUACUGCUUAAGCGACACCAAAGGUCAAUAUGGGAGAUCCCUGAAUAAGUACAUUCAACAUUUCGAAGGCCUGUCCUACAACACAGACAUCUUGCACAGCAAUCACCAGAGGGCUAAGAGAGCGCUGUCCCAUGAGGACCAGUUUCUCCACUUGAACUUCCACGCUCAUGGCAGGCAUUUUAACCUGCGGAUGAAGAGAGACACAUCUCUGUUCUCCACUGAUCUGAGGGUAGAAGUUUCAGGAGAAGAGAUCCCCUAUGACACCUCUCACAUUUACUCUGGAGAAAUUUAUGGUGAGAAAGGCACUCUGACCCAUGGCUCUAUCGUGGAUGGGAAGUUUGAGGGUUUUAUCAAGAGUCAUCAUGGAACAUACUACGUAGAGCCUUCAGAGAGAUACCUCAAAAACCAGAAUGUGCCUUACCACUCAGUCAUCUACCAUGAGGAUGACAUCAAUUACCCUCAUAAGUACGGAGCAGAGGGCGGCUGUGCAGAUCACUCUGUGUUUGAGAGGAUGAAGAAGUACCAGGCAUCUGCAGUGGAGGAGCCCAGCCAGCAGAUUAACCAUGUCCAUGAUGAGGAAAGAGCUGAUGUGCCAGUGAUCCUGAGGAAACCUCGUGCAGCACAGCCAGAGAAAAACACCUGUCAGCUUUUCAUCCAGACAGAUCACCUCUUUUAUAAAUACUACGGCACCCGAGAGGCAGUGAUCGCACAGAUUUCCAGUCACGUGAAGGCCAUUGACUCCAUCUAUCAAAGCACUGAUUUCCUAGGCAUCCGCAACAUCAGCUUCAUGGUGAAGAGAAUCAGGAUCAACACCACUUCAGAUGAGAGGGAUCCCUCCAACCCUUUCCGGUUUGCCAACAUUGGUGUGGAGAAGUUUUUAGAACUCAAUUCAGAGCAGAAUCACGAUGAGUACUGCCUAGCCUACGUCUUCACAGAUAGAGACUUUGAUGAUGGUGUCCUGGGGCUGGCCUGGGUCGGGGCUCCUUCAGGAAGCUCUGGUGGAAUCUGUGAGAAGAAUAAACAGUACUCUGAUGGAAAGAAGAAGUCUUUGAACACUGGCAUAAUCACAGUGCAGAACUACAAUUCACACGUUCCCCCUAAAGUCUCUCACAUUACCUUUGCUCACGAGGUCGGACAUAACUUUGGCUCUCCGCAUGACUCCGGUCUUGAGUGCACUCCAGGUGAGUCUAAGACUCAGGAUCAGAAAGAGAGAGGCAACUACAUUAUGUAUGCAAGAGCCACAUCAGGAGACAAGUUCAACAACAACAAGUUCUCCGUCUGCAGCACUCGCAACAUCAGCCAGGUGCUGGAAAAGAAGAGAUUCAGCUGCUUCGUUGAAUCUGGUCAGCCCAUCUGUGGUAAUGGCUUAGUUGAGGGUAAUGAGCAGUGUGACUGUGGCUACAGCGAUCAGUGUAAAGACCAGUGCUGCCAUAGUGCCAAUGCGCCAGAAGGGGUGAAGUGUACACUGAAGGCAGGCGCUCGAUGCAGUCCCAGUCAGGGUCCUUGCUGCACACCAGAGUGUAUCUUUAAGAUAAGCAAUGUGAAGUGUAGGGAGGAAUCCGAGUGUGCUUAUCAGGGCAUGUGCAAUGGACUCUCCGCACAAUGCCCCACCUCAACACCCAAAGAAAACUUCACAGCCUGCCACACAAAUACCCAAGUCUGCCUUAAUGGGGGUUGUUCUGGCUCUAUCUGUCAGAAGUUUAGUCUGGAUGUGUGCACCUGUGCCAGUGAGGAGGGGAAAGAUGACACUGAGCUGUGUCAUGUUUGCUGUAUGGAGAAGGGUCAGCCCAAUACCUGCAGCAGUACUGGCUCAGAGAAAUGGGCAACUUAUUUUAAUGGAAAGAGCACCACGUUACAGCCUGGCUCUCCUUGUAAUGACUUCAGAGGAUACUGUGAUGUCUUUAUGAAGUGUAGGCUGGUGGAUGCUGAUGGCCCCCUGGCCAGGCUUAAGAAGGCCAUCUUCAACCCUGAGCUUUACACGAGCAUUGCAGAGUGGAUAGUGGAACACUGGUGGGCGGUGCUGUUGAUGGGCAUUGCUCUUAUCAUGCUCAUGGCUGGAUUCAUCAAGAUUUGCAGUGUGCACACCCCAAGCAGCAAUCCUAAAUUGCCUCCACCUAAACCACUGCCAGGCACACUUAAGAGAAGAAGAGCCCAGCAACCCACUGCACAGACCCAGCCACAGCGCCACAAUCGGCAACAAAGAGAGAACUAUCAGAUGGGACAGAUGCGACACUGAGCCGGCCUCCUCAUUGCCUUGGUUCUUCCUAGUGCCUACAGUGGGAAACCUUUCACUCCAAAGAGUUAACUGAAUCAAUCAAUGAGCCCCAUCUACAAACUAAAAAAUACUAUUUACAAACUAAGAAAAUAAAAUAUACCACAAGGACUUAAAAACUUCAGCAGUUUUUAAGUUGUAAGAAACCACUGCUCUGGGAGCCAGCAAAGAUUUUGAUGCAUAGCUCAGAGAAAAAUUCAGAAGCUAGUGACAAGGAGGAAAAGGACAGAAUCACUGAUUUCUGUUACUCUGUUCUUGUUUUUUUCUUCACUCUUUUCUUUUUCUUUCUCGAGUGACAUGAUAAAGCAUUGUUCUCCCCACUAAAGUUUUCACAUCUUUUUACUUUUUUUUUUUUUAUUAUUUCUUGGAAUUACUACCCUCCUGUGGAGAUUAGCGAAACAGCAUGUAAAAUGGGUUUUGGUUUUUUCUGCCAAUCAAGGAAAGUGUGAGCGAGAACUCUAUAAAGAGACUCAUUUUCCAUUGUGUCAUUAAGAUGUUUUUAAAAAAUACAAGCAAAAGGAUUACAACCAAUUCAAGCUUUUAUUUGUAGUCUCUGCGUGCAAUUGUACAGAUAUCACAGUAUACGUAAUGGGUUUUUUUUUUUUCAGUCAUUUUUUUCUGCUGUUAGAUAAUGAUAAAUACGUUUUUGAUUGAUACUCAGGAUAUAAUAAGAGAGCACAGAGAGUUGCUAUUGUCAGAAUGCCUUUUACUAGUCUCACUUUUGUAAAGGAACUUGUUUGUGCAUAGCAUUUUCACCUGGAUUGUUUGCAUGCAUUUUAUUUUCUUGCAAUGCAAAAAACUUGUUUCAUUGAUGUCAGUUGAUGAUAAACAACCACUAAAGUACUGCAGUUUUUCAUUCACGAAGGUGAGGACAUUAAAAUGAGAGGGAGGUUGGGUGAAUUUUUUUUUUUAUUAUUAUUUAAUUGUCAUAUGUCACAAUCUACAGAGAGUCAUUUCUGCCAAUAAUGCAGCAAUCUCUCUGAGAGACUAUAUGCUGUACACAGGAGACUCAUGGGAACAUAAGCACAACAUCACAGAGAAGGAUUUUGUUUUUUGGAUGCAUACCAUUCUUUUUUCCAAUAAUUUGUAAGCAACAUUAUAGUGCAGACAAUUAAUAAAAUGGAUUGUAGCUG